AUGGCGCCGCGCAACCGGCUAGACGCGCCAGCGGCGGCCCUCAACCCAGAGAGAUCAGACAAGGAGAUCUUCCUCGAUAGAUUCGCGGAUAGUCCAGUCGGUGGCACAAAGCUAUACCACUUCCUUCGGUCAUACCCUGCGAUCGUCUACUUUCCUUCCCGUCAAGAGACAGAGCGCCUCGCUCAACACAAGGUCAACGAGAUCUUCGACGCAUUUGAGAACGUGCAUUAUAUCCUUGAGCGACACGAAGACACGAUUCGUAAGAGAUGGUGCAAGAAAAGUACAGCGAAGAAGAAGAAGCUUCUCCUUACGGCGCAGCCGGAAAUGGCAAGCGAGCAUCGCCCUGAUCUCGCCGUGGAUUUGGCAGUAAGUACGGACCCUCUCAAUCUCAAUGGAGAUCAGCCACGCACGAUCCCCGUCUGUACGGCCAGAAACAGCGAAGCUUGUCUGGUGCCCUUCUUGAACCUCGAAGACCUUCUCCAGCAGGGUACCUUUCUUACGUUUCUCAACUCCCGUGGCCAUACCCCAGUCGAAUCUUUCAGCCAGACUGAACUCCUCAAUUGUCCGAUCGCCCGAUGGCCAGACAAGGUUCUCCGUCCUCGUCUGCACAGAUUCACGAUGAUCUUCGCUGGAUGUAACAAGCGGAACUCCUAUGGUCAGAUGAAGCGCUGGAGAGACCCGCAAGAUGCUCGGUAG